AUGGAAGGUGCGGUCACUUACACCGCUGGCGACACAACUACGCCGCCUGACCUUCGGAUCUUACAUUACAACGAUGGUAUCCCUCAUCCCGAUUUUUACCACCUCGACGCCUCUUCGGCCGAACCAGUAGGCGGCGCUGCCCGGUUUCAGACAGUCUGCAACUAUUAUCGCAAUGACACUCAAUUCUCAGGACAGUCGAAGCUCGCCACUUUGUUUUCUGGAGACGCCUUCAAUCCCAGCUUGGAAAGCAGUGUUACGAAAGGCAGUCAUAUGGUGCCUGUCCUCAAUCUAAUAGGGACCGAUGCCGCUUGCGUAGGAAAUCAUGACCUCGACUUUGGCGUCAAACAAUUUCGGAGCCUAGCCUCACGAUAUCCUCAGUUAGGUGAUGACGUCCCUCUCGGCAACGCGAAGAAAACAGUCAUCAUUACUUCUUCGAACGGGAUCAAAAUCGGCCUCAUCGGCCUCGUCGAGCGCGAGUGGUUGGACACCAUUAACUCGUUACCACCGAACUUGAUCUACAAAUCUGUCUCGGCUACCGCGGCAGAACUUGUACCAGGUCUACGUGAGCAAGGGGCCGAAAUCAUCAUUGCUAUCACACAUCAGCGGGAGCCUAAUGACAAUAAACUCGCACAGAAGACGCCGGGUGGGUUGAUAGACCUGGUACUUGGGGGUCACGAUCACUACUACUCGCACACGCUGAUAAAUAGCACACAUGUCUUACGGUCGGGUACGGACUUCAAACAGCUCAGUUAUAUCGAGGCGCGGCGGCGGCCAAGUGAGGACAAGAAGUGGGACUUCCACAUUAUCAGACGAGACAUUGUAUCAGAGAUUCCUGAAGAUCCAGAAAUGCUGAAGAUUACGGCGGAGCUUUCGGAGUCACUGAAAGGAAAGUUAGAAAAGCCGCUGGGUUAUACUGCGGCCCCGCUUGAUGCAAGAUUCACUACUGUCCGGCUGAAAGAGUCGAAUUUGGGCAACUUCGUGUGUGAUCUGAUGCGGUUGCAUUAUGACGGAGACUGCUGCCUGGUGGCCGCUGGCACCAUUCGAGGAGAUCAGGUCUAUCCGCCGGGUGUGCUGAAGUUGAAGGACAUUCUGAAUUGCUUUCCAUUCGAAGAUCCCUGCAUUGUUAUUCGCGUGACAGGUGCUGCUCUGCUGGCUGCACUUGAAAACUCCGUUUGCGCUUAUCCCGCACUCGAAGGUCGGUUUCCCCAAGUAUCGAACAUAUCAUUCGAAUUCGAUCCCUCUCUCCCACCUCAACACCGAAUAAAGUGGACCAGGGUAGGUGGUGAACCAGUCGACCUCGAGAAGAAAUAUGUCCUCGUGACGAGAGGGUACAUGGGACGAGGAAAAGAUGGCUUUGACUCAUUGCUAGUUCAGUCUGAAGGAGGACAGGCUGAAGAGAUUGUCUCAGAGGAAAACGGUGUCUUGAUUAGUAUGAUGCUCCGACAAUAUUUUAUGUCUCUGAAGAUUCUGGGCAAAUGGAAGCAUUGGGGCAAGAGCUUGAACAGACACUGGAAGGGAGUUCAGAAAGACCUGCAUGAAGCACAUCCGGUCGUAGAACCGGCGAGGGCUGAGGAGGACAGCUCGCUGAAGAGGAAGCGGGCAGAUACUUUCACAACAACCACGCCACUGGACGACUCGGAAGACGAAGAAGGGCAUCACCAGGUGGUGCAGAUACCAGACAAGUGGAGCGAUCGUGAGUUGAGUAUCAUAAGGAAGGUGAUGCGGAAAUGGAGGCGUCUUGCCGGCUUGACGGGGCAGCCGAAGUGCUGCGAUAGGAUGAGCGAGGAGGAGUUGCAGGUUGACUGGACCAGGGCUAUCGCACCCCGGUUGGAAGGGCGAAUCAAGAUGACUGAGCCAGCCGCCCACGGAGGCGCAGACUUGAAGACUGACCAUGUGUGA